AUGAGCACGAACGCGAACGGCCUCGAGUUCGAUUUUGAUUUUGAGUUCGAACGUGACGGGCAGGCUGACGCCGACGUCGAUGAUGGAGGGGUGUGGGUACCUAAGAACGAGAUGAUGAACGGGAGGAAGGAGGAGGGUGGGGAAAGAGAGGAAGUGGAAUCAGGCGACGACGACGAGGCGGAUUAG